AUGCAAGAUCACCUACCCCCAGGGAUCGCGAUGGUGAAAUGUGAAAACCUGGAAGAGUGGCAGAUGGACAUCAAGGUCCUGGACCAAAACCCACUCUACCAAGACCAGACCUACCGCCUCAAGUUCACUUUCAGCAACAAAUACCCCAUCGAGCCCCCCGAGGUCCAAUUCAUUCAAUGCGCCGAAUCAACCGGCACACCCCGAUCGAUCCCCAUCCACCCCCACAUCUACAGCAACGGCAUCAUCUGUCUUGACCUGCUAGGCUCGUCUGGCUGGUCUCCCGUCCAGAACGUCGAAAGCAUCUGCAUGAGUUUGCAAAGUAUGCUGACAGCCAAUACCCGGGAUGAGCGACCUGCCGGCGAUCAGGAAUUCGUCGCCACCAACCGUCGUCGCAUCCGUGAUAUCAACUUUGUCUAUGAAGACGACAAUGUAUAA